AUGACUAACAACAGUCAUUUAAAAUAUGAAGACACAGUUCAGUGCCUUUUUUUCUUGACAUCACAUGGACAUGUGGACUUGGAAGAUUUUUGUCGAAUCUUGAAUGAAACUGCCAAUGAAUUUGCGAAAGACUACAUUUGGCAUCGUGACAAAUUUAGAAUUACCCAGCCUGUGUUGGAAGCUACCUCUGAUUUGCCGCCUUACCUUACAAGCAUAACAUGUUUUGGAGAUAAUAUUGAAGAUGAAUGGUUUAUAACAUACUUAGUAUUUAAGCUAACUGAAAAGUAUGAAAACUUAAUAGUGCAAAUUGAAGACAAUGAUGGUGAUUUAUUGUUAAUUGAAGCUGCUGACUUUCUACCAUCUUGGGCUAAUCCCGAAACUACUCAGAAUAGAGUAUUUGUUUACAAAAACCAUAUUCAUCUUAUUCCUCCAACUUUAGCUGAUUUAAGAAAACCUUUGGAAUUAAAUGAUGCAAUAAACCUACUUAUAGAUAACACAGAAGAAACAAAAGCUGAUGGUCAAAUAGAACAUGCUAUUUUGGACAGGAUAAGUGUAGAAGAAAAUCAAAGUUCAUGUUUUGAAAAUGGUACCAUCAAAUUUGAUGUAGAUCACUUUUUUGAGGCUGUUGAAAAUAUGUUGAACAAAGUUACUCUGAAUUUAAGUGAUGAAGAUUCUAGUGAUUUUAGUGACAAUGAUGUUGAGGAUGAUGAAUUUGUACUUGCAGAAAAACAACUGGACAAGGAGCUUGAAGAGAAAAUGUGUAACGAUCAACUUAAAAAAUUAAAGGAAGACUCUCAUGUUGUAGCAAACUUAAAACAAAGUAUGAAAGAAGAGGGAAUGGUUGGACCCACAAGCAAUAUUUUAAGAUCAAUUGGUGUAAGUAAAAGUGAACUAUUAGAUUCUGAUGACGACAUUGAA